UCAAUCCGAUUCCAAAAGAGUCGAAUUAGAUAGACGCGCCAUUCAUCUCAAGCAGCUGCGCUAUCUUUGUCCCCCAUAUAUUGACCGUCAGUGCAAUACUCAGCAAUCACGUUGCUCUAUCACAUCUCAUACAUCCGGGCCAUUUAGCUACUAAUAGUCAAGCGCUUGCACAACAUACCGCCAACAUGGGAUUGAGAUCGGUUAAUCUGGCCCUUCGGGUCCCCCAGGUAUGUAAUCUCAAGCGUUCCACCGCGCAAUCAGUGAUUUCAGUACUUUAAAAACCACGAAGAGGAGGGGAGAGAUAAGAUGGAGAGAUGCGACAUGAUAACUAACUAAUACGGAUUCACGUCGCUCAUAUAUAUAUAGUUUAUCUUUACCGUGAUUAUCAUGGCGCUUGUCGGCAACAUGGUAGCAGACGCAUUUCACGGCAGCUCGUCGACAGUGAACUACAUCCUUUUCGUGUCAGCAUUUUCGAUGUUAUCACUCUUCUACCUAUUUGCUGCGGGGGUCAGCGAGGCCUGCCUCAUUCAUCCUGGCUUCAUGUUCCUUGUCGAUCUACUGAAUACCAUAUUUAUUUUCUGCGGUGCAAUUGCUAUGCCGGCGAAGCUACGUGUGCAUUCAUGCAGGAACGUGAUGUACACUGUAACGAACUCGAUAACCAGAGGCUCCCCGAGACCGGAAAAACGCUGCCGUGAAGCACAGGCAGUUACAGCCUUCCUUUGGUUUUUGUGGGUUAUGUUUCUGAUAUCGACGAUCUUGUCAGGGCUUAGUAUGCGUGGGACGCUGGCUGAAAUGCAUGGCCCGCGUCCUGGCCGGCGUUCCCGUCCGUCAAUGUCCCAGGUGUAAAAGUGGCGAAGUCUGUUGUCGGGGAAAGGGAGAUUACGGGGCGGCUUGAUAUAUACUGAGAAACUUGGACAAGGAGACGUUGUGGCUAGGGUGCAAAGCGUCUCACCGAGCUGUGCUGUCAUUUAUCCGCUGACCGGGCAUUUGGGCGCACUCUUUACAAAAAUGACAAUGGAAGCGCGGAAAUGAGGAAUUCCUUGGUUCUAUUACUUCAGGUUUAUAGUCGAUGUGCUUUAAGAGCUGACGCAGCAUCACACUCAACCCAACAAAAAAUCACCGAUGACGAUCUUGCUUUCAACUGUUUUUCCUGCAUGUGUGAAGGUCGCUUUUGUUAUUGGCAUCCGUUUGCCAUCGUGUAUCUACGUAUCUGUCUAUAUCCAUACUGUUCAUAUAAGAUAUCACAUUGAUGUUCCAUCAGUGGGAGGAAGAGUGGUAAUGUGUGUAUAUAUUUGUCUGUGGUACGAUUGAUGGCCCUGCACAAGCAAAAAUAGUG